CCACUAUUCUGGGGUAAGGAACGAUAAAGAUUCCCACUUUACUUGGCUUGGCUUCCCGACUCCCUUUAACGGUGAAACGUGAUCUAGGCGCGGUCUUUUUUCGCGUUUAAACGUCUUCUUAAAGAAUAAUAUGAUUGUGCAUACAUUCAAGUUCAACACUGUUCAAAACAAAUAAUCUUCUUCUCUUUCGUCGAUCAUACCAUCUUCUAUCGCAUCAAUUAAGCUUUCGUGCCUGAUCUUCCAUUGCUUAUCCGAUGGCAUCCGGCAGUAGCGGCUCAUUCUUCGGCGCCGCUCAAAAUGUCGGCGGCUUUGGGUCAUCGCCUAUGCGAAGUGGAUUGAAUACAGGGGGAGGUGGAAGUUCAUUUAGCACUGGACAGCAACAACAACAAUCUUCUCCUUUAUCAGCCAACAACCCCAACAAACAAGAUAUGUCUUCUUCAACAUUCUCAUUCGGAGGAUCACCUCAACAGCCAAUCACUUCGUUCAGACAACCUGAACAAAGUGGAACUCCAAGACAAUCUUCUUUUCGCAAUUUACGCAGAUCAACGAGCGGGGGAAAUCCUAUAAGCGCGGCAUUCGGCCAGGGCAGUCAUUUGGACACUACCACGCCAAAGUCCGUUCGAUGGGAAGAUGCACCAGAGUUCCCGAUGCAACAAUAUCAGCAACCAACGAACCAAGGGUUUGGAAGUUCGACUAGCUAUAGUCAAAGUCUGAGCAACAGCUUUGGACAGCAGCAAAGAAGUAGCACUUUUGGUGCUUCCCGCAGUCCCUAUCAAUUGAGUAAUUCGACGACAAAUAUUUAUCCCAACAUCUAUCCAUCCCAACCACCAAUGCAGCCUCAGCAGAACAAGCCUGCAGAGCAGAACCAAUUCGCUGCAUUUGCACCUCAAUCGUCUCUGGCUGUCACUCAAACUAACAACACACCGGCAAAAUCUGCCUUUAAUUCAUCUUUGGCCAGCUUGUCCAGACCUCUUUCAGUAUCUACAACGCCAGCUAGAGCAACUGUAUCAAAAGCAGCAUCAAUAGUCAAACAGGCAACAACAACACAAACACCUCUUCCAAACCCAAGUCAAAAUGCACACCCGCCAAAGGAGGCUGUGAUCACACCGAGAUCUGCCAUUGUGAAUCGGAUCAAAUGGAAUCUAGCAGCUUUGCUAUUGAACUGGUUCUUGCCUCGUAUACACCCAAUCACCACAUCGUAUUGGUUAUUAUUGAGUGCAACAUUGAACGUAUUCGGAGGUGAUUCAGACGUACAGCUGGCAAGUGCGUUGUCGUGGUUGAGGAAUGCAUGCUUUGUCGUUUUGUUGGCCAAUUUGGCAGAAGCUUUCAUUCGGUUGCAAACGUAUCAGGAUACUCCAGCCAGUUCGGCAUCUGGACCUGGUUCAGGCACAACGAUCGGACAGACUGCUCGUAGACCUUCCCUUGCCAAUCCACCCAAUCGAAUUGUGUCCUCCUCGUCACCCAACAACGCUGCUCCGACGAACACAAGCCUGUCAAAUGCACGCAAUACGCCUAGACAAUAUGCUCAAGGAAGUCCAUUGCGCGAUAGUAUUCUUCGUGCAAGUGCGAGUGCAAAUGCGUUCGAGGGUACAUCAUCGCCAUUAGGAGAAGGAUUCAGAGGACCAAGUAAUUCACCAAGAUUGCAAUCAGGUCGCAAAAGUAGUUCAAGUCCAGCAGCAGCCUAUUUGGCACGUAGACAAGAUCGUUUGGUGAGCGGAAGUGGUUUAGCAGAUAAUAGUUUCACAGGUAUGGGGGAGUACGAUGAUUCGGCAGAUUUUAGUCAUGAUUCCAUCGAGGUGAAUAGGGCUAUUCGAGCUUUGAGCGCGAGCUAUCAGAGAGAACUUUCACAAAGUCUUUCGAAUGAGACGGGAUCAGGACGUGGAAGCGUUGCAGUGUAAUUAUAAUAAGCAUUCAAAUGAACAUGAUCUAGAUGAGAUGAGAAAGAUAAAAUAAAGAUAAAAUUCUAGAAACGAAUCGCCCUUAGUUCCAUGGUUCUUCGUAUACACGGCCAGAUGGUUGACCGGAACAGCCGUUUGGACUGUAGUUCUUCCUUGCGUAUACAU